AUGCUAAUUGUAUCUGAAGCAAAGCAAUUUGAUGCUUUCCAGGAAAACAAUGACUCGUACAUCUCUGUCGACGUUCAGCAUACGGUCAAGCUGGCCAAGCACAAGGAAUUGGCCCCGUACGAUGAGAACCGGUUCUAUACCGGAGCAGCUUCCACAGCCCGGCACCUGUAUCUCCGAGGCGGUGCCAGCGUCGGCUCCAUGACCAAGAUCUACGGGGGCCGCCAGCGCAACGGCGUCAUGCCCAGGCCCAGCCACUUCAGCCGCAGUUCCAAGAGCGUGGCCAGAAGGGUGCUGCAGGGGCUAAAAAUGGUGGGGAAGGAUCAGGAUGGAGGUCGCAAACUCACCCCGGGGGACAGAGAUCUGGACAGAAUUGUUGGCCAGGUGGCAGCUGCAAACAAGAAACAUUGA